AUGGCCGACUUCUUGAACCGGGAGGAUGCCGAGCAUCGAGAGAUUUCGCGUUGCGGCCGGCUCUUCUUCAUAGGCACAGAGUUCUCCAACCUCCACUACUUAGUACGGCAGCGUUCAAAGCAACCCGAUCACAGAGUACUUCAUUUUGGAAGUCAUCCUCUGGCUCCAAAAGUACCUUCGGUGCCAGACGAGGUCCUUGAGUUACCCCCGAAGGCCCUGGCAGACGAGCUUGUCAAAUCAUAUUUUGUCCAUGUCAACCGAGGUUUUCCGAUCAUUGACGAAGAGGACUUUAUGAGGACUUACAACGGUGCAGGCAAUACUGGUCACGUUCCCAGAUGCAGGCCGCAAUGCAGGCCGCUGUCUUUGCUAUUGCUGAAUGCCAUCUUUCUCGUCGGGGCACGUGUUCUAGAUCCAGCCCGAGAAGAGAUCAAAACCCUGAGGCCCGUCUUCUUUAAGAGAACGAAAGCGCUCUUCGACUGCCGCUUCGAACAACAUCGUGAGACAUACUUGCAGGCUGCCCUUCUCUUGACGUGGCAAUGUGAUGACCUUGAAGACAUUGUAUCAAAUACCUGGCACUGGGUAGGCGUUGCAGCGCGGACUGCAUUCGGCAUGGGUAUGCAUCGAGAUGCGAGGCCUUCCAGUCUCAACGCCAUGGACAAACGACUAUGGGUUCGACUGUGGUGGAUCCUCUUUCAAUUCGACGUUUUGGUGUCUGCAUCCUACGGUCGACCGCAAGCUAUGCAAGUUAAUCUCGAUGAGUCUGACGUUCCUCCAGUGGAAGAACAUCAUUUUGAGGGCAUCUGUGAAGCAGAGUACAACUUCACCAUUCAACAUACCUCUCUAUGUCUCAUAUUCUCGAAAGCGAUGAAGCGUAGAGUCGCUCUGCGUUCUACGCCUGCGGAACGAGCCGAUGCAACAAGGCAGGCUGAUAUGGAACUUGCAGACUUGAUCAGUAACCUUCCUGUGCGACUCCAAUACUCAAAAACGGAUCCAGACCUAUGGCAGGCUAUCUUCCAUCUCACAUACAACAACUUCCUCAUCCUGCUGCAUCGGGCCUCCCCUAACAGAGACGCAGAGCAAGUAGCAGCCACGUCUGAUACGGACUUGAGUAUCUGUUGCGAUGCUGCGGCGACAAUAUGUUCCAUUCUUGAGUCUUUCCGGACCAGAAAUCUCCUAACCAGGCUUUGGAUCCCGAGCAUCCAUGUGCUCUUCACUGCUUUGGUACAUGUAUGCGAGCAGAUGUACUCCGCCAACCCAAUUAUGGCUGCUAAAUCUAAACGCCUCUUCGACUCACUGAUACUUACCUUGCACGCUCUUAAGGGUCAAUGGCUGUAUGCACAAAGCCUCUUGGCUCUGUUUGAUGGCCGGAACAUGGCUACUUCCAGGCGCAGUCGGCUCAGCGCAUCAAACACAGAUAUUGGGGCCGAACAGAACAGCUUUCGUCACGGCGGCAAUUCUGGAGGUCUUCAAUCCUCCGGGCAUCUCGGAGUUGAGAACAGUGUUUCAAGGACCUCCAUGCCAGAAUUGGUCAACACUGGGUUAGGGCAACAUUCAAACCUUGCGCCAUCCUAUUUGGAGCAAAUGAGUCUAGAAAGUUCUGAUCCAAGGCGUAUUGGGGAACAGUCAUCAGGACCUCUGGCGCAAAAUAUCACUCAAAACAAUCAGAUCUACGGCACCAAUUUUGUCGGGAGUGACCUGGGACUCACUGGAGAUGCGGAUGAUAUGGAUAUGCUGCAAGUACCUUCAGCUCUUGAACUUCUCCUGGCAGGUGUCGGUAAUGAUUUUGGCUUCCAUUAUUGA